GACAUGACGUAAGUAAAUAAAUAAAUUGUCAUGAAUUAAAUUAAACGUUUUGGUUUUAAACAACAUUAUUUAGACACAAAUGAUCAGUCACUGUGGAUAGAAGUAAAUUAUCUUUGAUUCAAAUAAACGUCAUAACAAAAAUGAUUGAUUCAAAUAAAGAAAAUCAUGACGAUACAAUUACAGUAGAAAAUUCUGCAAAUAAUGUUGCAGAUACAGAAAAUAAACCAGUUUCUGAAAGAGUUUUAAAAAUUAAUAACUUAGUAGAAACAUGUAAAAGCAAUGCAACUUUUUUUGCAAGAGAUAACACUGAAAACGGUCAAAGACUCUAUCUAUCUUUUCUUGCCAUGGUAGAUGUUGUAGACAGGAUUCAACCAAAGCUUAUUCCUAUAGAAAGUCAAGUACAUUUUUUUGAUUUUGAUGAAAGUGUUCCUGGAAAUGGAUAUAGAAGUUUUCUUAUUGUGAUUGAUGGAGCUAUUCAAAUGGCUGUUGAGUGUUCUGAAAAAGUUUUACAGAAAAGGGAUAGUACAUUUUUUCGUAAAAGUACUUUAACUAAGGACGUUGAGUCUUGUUCACACCUUCUGACCAGUCUAGAUAGUUGUUUAACACACCUAGGGACAAUAAUGUCAUGGAGUGACAGAGGCAGUCUUUUUGUUAACGAGGACUGUCCAUUAGGUGACUUAUUUUCAAAAUAUGGAGAGAUUAAUCAACAUUGUUUCUAUGGAAGAAAUUUAGGCUUUCAGUAUUGCGAUUCAAUACGGAAUGUCUUACAAUUCAUCGCCUUAUCAAUGACUUUGUUUUCUGAAGUAUACUACAGCCAAGGAUCAUUGAUUAGCAAAGCGACCAGUUCAGUAGUGUCAACGACAAAAUUUAUAACCGAUCCGGAACAAAGAGCCAGAAGAAUUGUAAAUAUUGCUCAGAACGCGGAAGUUGACUUCUGCAAAGCUUUUUGGUUUCUAUCCGAGACGGAACUUAUGAACCAACUGCCUUCUAUCGUUUCGCCUAGCGUAGCCAUUUCCAAGAUGAUACAAAUUCCUCCAGAACCUAUAGUCAUGGAAACUAUCGAUGGAAAUACUUAUGAAGUACCAGUGCCUUCUUCGUUUAUUGGUCGAAAAUCAGUACAAGUUCGAUUGAUAAGCCACAAGGUCCGAGAAGGAAUGUUAGGAACCAAAGGCAGGUCCUCAGUGGAGCCACCUUCGAAGGGCCUAAUGAUUCACUGUCACGGCGGCGGAUUCGUAGCUCAAUCGUCAAAAUCACACGACGGAUACCUCAGGGAUUGGGCGAAACAAUUGGACAUUCCCAUACUAUGCAUCGACUACAGUUUAGCGCCUGAAGCUCCUUUUCCGAGAGCCUUAGAGGAAGUCCUUUACGCUUAUUGUUGGGCCAAGAAACAUCAUGAUUUUUUGGGAAGUACAGGUGAAAUUAUUAUCGGAGCAGGAGAUUCUGCAGGAGCUAACUUAUUACUUAGUACAACAUUAAAAUGUAUCAAAGAGAAUAUUCCUACAAUGGCUGGGUUAUUUAUAGCAUACGUACCUACUUUAGUACAUUACAUACCGUCACCAGCGAGACUUCUGUGUAUGAUGGAUCCUUUAAUACCAUUUGGGUUCUUAUUGAGGUGUUUAAAAGCCUACGCAUGUCCGGAUCCUCAUAUGAAACAGGUAUCUAACAGUAACGACAAUUCUGAUACCGAGAGUUUCGAAGAAAUUACUGAAUCCGAUUUAAUGGCAUUACAAGCUCAUAAAUCACCAGUUUCAGAAAACUCGGAUACUAUGACUUACGAAUCUUUGGCGUCCAAUGAACAGAAUAAUUGUGAAAACGCGGGCAAUCCCAAACCUCAGCCUUUAAUGAACGAAAUUUUGGAACGAUAUGUACAAGAGCAACUUCCGAAAGAGGGUAGUACCGAUCAAGUAGCUAGUAGUCUAUCUUUAACGAACACGAACUCAUUGCAGUCCAGAGUUACUGGUUUUGUAUCCAAUUUAAAGGAUUCUUUUACAAAAUAUUUAGGUGAAAGAUCGAUUAGCGAGGCAGAAAAACUUUUGGACCUGGAUGUUGACCCAACACCGAAUUUUUUAGAUAAGUUAGGUUUUGACGUACCGAGAGAUCCGUAUUUAAGCCCGAUUUAUGCCUCAGAAGAGGAUCUAAAGAAAUUCCCACCUACACGCGUAUUGACAGUUGAAAUGGAUCCCUGCCUAGAUGAUUGCAUAAUGUUUGCUAAAAGGCUUAAAAGUGCAGGGAAAGAUGUACAUUUAGAUAUUUUGAGCGGCCUACCGCAUGGCUUUUUAAAUUUUUCAUUGUUUUCAAAAGAAGCCUACGAAGGUUCAAAAGUUUGCAUCAGUCGAAUUGAAGAAUUGUUGAAACUAAACAGUAAUAAUUAGACAAUACUGUACCCCGUUUGAGAUUAAAUUUUUUAUAGAUCUGUCC